UUACUUUUUUUAAGCGCUGGCAGUGGCUGUGGCACCAACUGAAAGCUGGAGGCCGCCUGCUUUUUAACAAACACCUAGUAUAAACAGAUCAUCAUCACUCUCUCUCUCUCACACACACAGCACCAUGCUUCACAGGAGGAGCCGCACGCUGGGAGGGAGCUCCGAUCGACCUGCGCGCCGAGCUGUCGCGGUGAAGAGCGGCAGGGGGAGCAAUGGCGCGGCCACGGACCUGCUCGUCUGCUUCCCGUCGCGGGCGCACCUCGCCCUCAUGCCGCCCAAGGCCAUCUGCAGCCCGUCGCGGCCGUCGGCGUCCGAGCCGGUCAAGCGCCGGCACAGCACCAGCCGGCCGCCCAGCGGGCUCUACAAGUCGGCCGCGGGCGCGGCCAGGAACCCGAGCCGCCGCGGCGCGGACGUCCCCGUGGACGACGAGCCGACGUCGCCCAAGGUGACGUGCGUGGGGCAGAUCAAGGCCCGCCAGGCCAAGCCCAAGGGCCCCGGGCCCGGCGGUGGCGGUGGCGGUGGCAAGAAGACCAAGAAGGCCACGUGGCUGCAGGCGCUGGGGAUCAAGAAGGACGCCCUGGCGCUCUUGGACGCCCUGCACGGCGCUUUCAGGUUCAACGUUGCCGGAUGCUUCGGCAGCUUCCCCGGCGCCGUGGGCGUGGGGUACACUUCCGGGGAGGACGACGAAGACGAGGAACACGAUGCGCCGCGCACCGAGAAGGAAACAGAACACGGCGCGGCAUUGGCCCGGUGGUUCAUGGUAUUGGAGGAAGGCAAGAAGGUGUCUGCCAAGAAGCUGCAGGGCCAAAAACCGGAACAGAGCCACCAGGAGGAGGACAGGGAGGAAGACGCGGCCCCGCCGGCGAACGCGCUGAUGCUGAUGCGGUGCCGGUCGGCACCGGCGAAGGGAUUAGCGAGGAGGCUAGAGACAGAGGAGGAGCGCAAUGAUGUGAAGGGCGCCGCCAAGAAGACUCCAGAUCAGGAAGAGAAGGAGAACGAGGGCCUGGUGCUCAUGACAUACUCGCCGGACUUCUUCAAGGUGUCCCUUGACAUUGCCAAGGAGACUUGGAUCGUCGGCGGUGAUGACGCGGUCCUGCGCUGCCGGAGCUGGAAGAGAUGAUCGCAGUGACUGUUCAACAAGGAAUGUGAACAGCUGAAAUUCCCUGAAUUCUUUGGAGGGUUUUCUUCAAAAGAAAAUAAUUAAGUCAUCGAUCAAAGUUUUACAUCUGAAGUUGUAAGAUGGGAACAGCAGGAGAAUGGCUGCAGCUGCAGCAAAAGAGGCCUUGCUCAAAGGAACAAAUCACAUAAUUUAGAUUCGAGAUGAUCAUUCAUUUCUAGAGCAGAGUCUUCAGUCGGUAGUUGUCAUUUUCAGAGCCAAACUGAAACCUUACAAAUCUCUGGGAUCCGUCACCG